AUGGAAAAUCCCAAUAAUGUCACUGAAUUCAUUCUGUUGGGACUUUCCCAGGACAAGAAAAUCAAAAAUUUGUGCUUUCUACUAUUCCUGUUUUGUUACAUAGCUAUUUGGAUGGGAAACUUGCUCAUAAUGAUUUCUAUCACAUGCAGUCAGCUAAAGGAUCAACCCAUGUAUUUCUUCCUUAAUUACCUUGCUUUCUCAGAUCUGUGUUAUACCUCAACAGUGACACCCAAGCUAGUCACUGAAUCACUGGCAGAAAGUGACAUAAUUUCUUACACUAGCUGCAUGGCACAGCUUUUUGCCAUGCACUUCUUCAGAGGGACUAAAGUCUCUAUCCUCACUGUGAUGGCCUAUGACCACUGCGUGGCCAUCUGUAAGCCCCUGCACUACACUGUCAUCAUGAGCAGGCAGAGGUGCUAUGCCAUGGUCAGUGCUUGCUGUGCUGGGGCAUUUCUGUGCUCCUUUGUCCAGUGUCUCCUCACCAUUAACCUACCUUUCUGUGGCCCCAAUGAAAUAAAUCACUAUUUCUGUGAUGUGUAUCCUUUGCUGAAACUGGCCUGCAUGGACACCUACAGAGUUGGGAUCCUAGUGGUGGCCAAUACAGGCAUGAUGGGAUUGGUGGCCUUUGUGGUCAUGAUACUGUCUUACAUUUUGAUAUUAUAUACCAUCAAGGCUCACCCUGCAGAGAGCCACAGCAAAGCUCUUUCCACUUGCUGUUCCCACAUUAUGGUUGUGGUCUUGUUCUUUGUCCCUGUCCUCUUCAUCUAUACUAGACCAGUUGAAACUCUUCCAGAAGACAAAGUGUUUGCUCUUUUCUACACCAUCAUUGCGCCCAUGUUCAACCCUCUCAUUUACACUCUCAGAAACACAGAGAUGAAGAAUGCCUUGAGGAAAGUGUGGUGCCAGAAACCAUUUUUGAUUGGAAGGCAGAUCAUCUGA